CCCUGUCAAGGAGGGGGACGUUUCGUAUUGUCUUAGUAAUGGCGGACACGUGUGGCCAAGUACUGCUUGGGUCUGGGCUAACUGUCCUUUCCCACCCCCUUAUGUACAUCAAGGUGUUAGUUCAGGUUGGGCAUGAACCUCUCCCUCCAACUUUAGGCAGGAAUCUAUUUGGCCGACAAGUGUACCAGCUUCCAGGGCUGUUUGCAUAUGCCAGACAUAUCAUAAAGAUUGAUGGGAAAGCAGGCCUGUUUAAGGGUCUCGCCCCAAGGCUUUGUGCUGGGACCAUUGGAACUAUCGUCCAUAGUAAAGUGUUGCAGAAAUGCCAGGAGGAAAAAAUUGAGGUGGUGGGAAGCAGCCAGAAAGCAGAGGAUGGUUCUCUGCAAAAUGUAGUAAAUGAGACCACUAAAGAGAUGAUUGCACGUUCCUGUGCCACAAUUGUCACACACCCCUUUCAUGUGAUCACUCUCAGAUGCAUGGUACAAUUUAUUGGUAGAGAAGCCAAAUACAGUGGCGUCUUUGACUCCAUUAUUACAAUCUACAGAGAAGAAGGAAUCCUGGGUUUUUUUGCCGGCCUCAUUCCUCGUCUACUUGGUGAUGUUUUUUCCUUGUGGAUCUGCAACAUGCUCGCUCACUUCAUCAACACAUAUGCUAUAGAUGACUCGAUGAGUCAUACCGGAGAGAUAAAGAACUGCUCUCAGGCUGUGACUGGGUUUUUUGCCAGUAUGCUGACGUAUCCUUUUGUAUUGGUGUCCAACCUGAUGGCUGUAAAUAACUGUGGGUUGGCUGGAGGUCUUCCACCUAAUGCUGCUGUUUAUUCCAACUGGAUUCACUGCUGGAGUCAUCUGAGCAGAGAGGGCAACAUGAGCAGAGGCAACAGUCUGUUCUUCAGAAAGUUGCCAGCGGGGAAGACGUAUGCCAUCGAGCAGAAGAGAUUUUUCUGAAUGGAAAGCAAUAAGCAUAGUUUUAAUUAUGAUAAUAUAAUUGAACUGGCCCAUGAAGUUGGACUCUCAAUCAUUUGUAUGCACUUGUUUAUUAUAACAGACUUUUUUCAGUCUGCAUCAGCGUCCAGGAUUAUUGCUGUUAAUUUUACUAGUACAUUUUUUUCACUAUAUGGUUAUUUGCUUUGAUUUGAAAACAAAGAGCUUUAUUUUUUAUUUAUACCCAGGGAUUUGUAUACAUACCACAACAACAUAAACCCUAAUAGAAGUGUUUCAGAGUAGCACUUUAGGGUGCUUUCCCAACUUUAAGUCCAUUCCAGCCACUACACCAUCUGUGCCUGAUUCCAGUGCAGGCUCUUUACCCUCUGCUGCUUUUCGUUCCCAUUCCCCCCCAAAAUUAUGGUCAUCAGUAAAACAGUCCUUACACAGCUGUUGUUGUCUCUACUGUCGAAUGUAUUGACUUUCAGACAAGAAUUUCACCCUCUGAAUUGUAGAUUGACCGUAAAGUGAAUCCAGCAGCAGGUCCAUUUUGAGCCACAUGGUGUCAGUUGGUGUAUGUAUGUGUGUUUAUGUGAGAGAAAGGUUAUGCUGCACCUUAGUCUCAGCCUCUGUUUGCAGCCUACAGACCACCCACGGUCUGUGCUCUAACCCUGCCGUUUUAGUCAAAGGUCUGGCUAUGCUAGGCUAGCAGCAAUUUGACUUAAUGCAGUCCCUAGCUCUACAUACCAGAUGUGGUCCUCGGGUGCAUCUCAAUCAGCUCCCUAGCUCCCCAUGUCUUCAAUCAUUAUAUUGUAAACUCAGAGACUUUGACACUUGUGACUCAAGCACUUGCGACAGUUACAGGCUCAUGCAUUUCAACAGCUGGUAUUAAUCAACAACAUUGGUGUAUAAAUGACAUGACUUUUGGCUGUAGAUAUUCAAACGCAUAGUAUCAUUAUGACAGUGUUAUUUUAACCUUCUAACAACUAUCAUUUAAAAGAUUAUUUCCCUUUUAUGAUCAUGAAUUAAAGACAUUACAAACAACAUCUCUUUAAAAGAGAAAAUAAGGCUUUGACUUGAUAGUUUUGCACUUGUGCUCGUCUUCUAAUGACUUGAAAGACUUCAGAAGAUAUAACAACGUUUCCAGUAAGAGAACAUAGAGAGCUACAAUGCUGCCUGGUUUUUACAGUGCAUUCUGGGAAUUUUUUUUUAACUAACCUUUCAGUGCACUGGAUUGAUUGUGCGAUUGGGACAGCUCUAGAAAUUGCCAACUCCCUGACCAGUGCCCUGACUACUGAACUAGGAAGCUGAUAGAGGCACCUCUAGUUUUGGCAUUACUUUGCUAAGCUUGACCACACCCUGGUGACUUCAUUAAGAGCAUCUGGCUCUGUAGCAGUGAGAGAGUUGGAGCCUGAGGUGUGGAGUCCACAUGCCCAUCAGAGCUCUUGCUCUCAGAAAAAGGGAUUUUUAUUUCUAUUGACAUUCUAAUUGACCCAACUAAACAAUGCCAAAAGAGUGGUCUUUGUAUCUUUCCAUCGUAACAUAUUUGCAGGCAUUUAAGGGACAGGCUGUAACGUUAUCAUGUUUCUUUAAUGUAUCAGUGGAAUAUAAUGGGGUUCGGAAGAAUAAAUUAUGUGUGAUGAUUAUGACUCUUUGUAAUACUCUAUUCUGUUUGGUCAUGGGUGCCAUCUAGCGAUCUGAUAUUUCUCUGUAACAACCACACAUCCACCGAUUAGACCAUUAAUCGGGGUAUUGCGAGUCAUCUUUCCUUCGCAGAUCGCUAUGUGGAUCUCUACAAGUAAGCAAAUCAGGCUCAACUCCACCAAUCAUGAGCUUGGCCCACCUUGACGACCACACCAUGCCCUCCAACUAUAUUACACCUUAUAGAUGACCCUGAAACUAAUAAAAUUAUUUAAA